UGCCAGUCCACAGUGGACGGUGAGGGGCAGGAGGAGGGGACAGAGUGCAGCAGACUGAGAGGAGGCGGCCCGCACCAAACAGGAGAAAUGAACCUCUGCUGGAACGAGAUCAAACGCAAGUCCCACAACAUUCGGGUGCGGCUAGAGGCCUUCUCCGACAACAGCGGGAAGCUGCAGCUCUCUCCUGCAGGAGAUUGUAGAAUGGCUGACAGCCAAGGACGAGGAGCUGUCGGAGCAGCUGCCCAUAGGAGGCGACGUGGGGGCCGUCCAGCACCAGAGGGAGUUCCACCAGGCAUUCAUGGAGGAUGUCAAGUCUCGCGGGCCGUUCAUCUACUCAGUCUUGGAGUCUGCCCAGGUCUUUCUGGCUCAGCAUCCCUUCCAGGAGCCAGAGGAGACCCUGACCGAUGGAAAAGAGGUGUCUCCACACCGGCGAAUCUUAAAUGUGAGCCGGUCAGUGUGGAAGCAGGCGAACGUGGCCAGUGACCUGUGGGAGAAGCUGACGGCACGCUGUGUGGACCGCCAUAGACACAUGGAGAGGACAUUAGAGCGUCUACUCCAGAUCCAGGCAGCGAUGGAGGAGCUGGCAGUUGCCCUGGAGCAGGCAGAGGGGGUGAGAGACGCCUGGGAGCCCGUCGGAGACCUCUUCAUCGACUCUCUGCAGGACCACAUAGACGCCACCAAGUUAUUUAAGGAAGAGCUGACCCAAGUGAAGGAGGGCAUGAAGCACAUCAAUGAUCUGGCCCACGAGCUGGCUAUCUCCGAUGUACAUUUGUCAAUGGAUAACGCCCGCGCCCUGGAGCAUCUCAACAGCAGAUGGAAAGUGCUUCAGGCUUCCAUAGAGGAGCGGCUGAAGCAGCUCCAGGAUGCACAUAGAGACUUUGGCCCCGGAUCGCAGCACUUCCUUUCCAGUUCAGUGCAGAUACCAUGGGAGCGUGCAAUCUCCCCGAACAAAGUGCCCUACUACAUCAACCAUCAGGCCCAGACAACGUGCUGGGACCAUCCAAAGAUGACAGAACUGUACCAAGCACUGGCGGAUCUGAACAACAUCAAGUUCUCAGCAUACAGAACAGCCAUGAAGCUGCGGCGAGUUCAGAAGGCUCUGAGAUUGGAUUUAGUGGCGCAGAGCUGCCUUGUGGAUGUGUUUCGAGAGCAGGAGCUGCAGCAGGGGGAGCAUGUAAUGGACGUGGUGGAGAUGAUCCACGGCCUGACGGCUGUGUACGAGAGGCUGGAGGAGGAGAGAUCCGUCCUGGUCAACAUUCCACUUUGCGUCGACAUGUGUCUCAACUGGCUGCUCAACGUCUAUGACAGUGCUCGUAAUGGCAAAAUGCGAGCUCUCAGCUUCAAGAUGGGAUUGGUGAGCUUGUGCAACGCAGACGUCCAAGAGAAGUACAAAUAUUUAUUCCGUCAGGUGGCUGGUGCUGGAGGUUUAACAGACCAGCGUCACCUCAGCCUGCUGCUCCAUGAAGCCAUCCAGAUCCCACGCCAGCUGGGGGAAGUUGCUGCUUUCGGGGGAAGCAACGUGGAGCCCAGCGUCCGCAGCUGCUUCCGCGUGGCCCCAGGGAAACCUGCCAUUGAGGUGUCUCAUUUCCUGGAGUGGAUGAGCCUCGAACCCCAAUCGAUGGUUUGGCUGCCUGUCCUCCAUCGUGUAGCUGCUGCAGAGUCCACCAAGCACCAGGCCAAAUGCUACGUCUGCAAACAGUGUCCGAUCAAGGGCUUCAGGUAUCGCAGUUUGAAGCAGUUCAACGUGGACAUCUGCCAGACAUGUUUUCUAACCGGCCGCACUACCAAGGGAAAGAAGUUGCACUACCCCAUCAUGGAGUACUACACGCCAACAACCUCAGGAGAGAAGAUGAGGGACUUUGCCAAGACUCUGAAGAAUAAGUUCAGGUCAAAGCAGUACUUCACCAAGCACCCGCAGAGAGGUUACCUGCCGGUGCAAUCGGUACUGGAAGCCGAGAGCUCGGAGACGCCGUGCUCCUCACCCAAGAUGCCCCAUGCAGACACACACAGCAGGAUUGAACAUUAUGCCAGCAGAUUGGCGGAAAUGGAGAGCCAGAAUUGUUCGUUCUUCACAGAUAGCCUGUCUCCUGAUGAAAGUCUGGAUGAAGAUCAGUACCUCCUGCGUCACUCCAGCCCAGCCCUGGACCAUGACUCACCGUGCGGACAACACAUGCUGCUGGCCCACCUGGAGCACCAGGACAAGGAGCAGCUCCAAUGCACCCUGGCCCGCCUGGAGAAUGAGAACAGGGUGCUGCAGAGCGAGUACAGGAGGCUCAAGUGGAAGCACGAGGAGGCGGCGUCUGUUCCCAUGUUGACUGAGGCUGGAGAGGGCGGUCCAGGUUCACCCACGGAGGGAGGGCAGCAGGACGAGGAGCUCCUGGCCGAGGCGCGGGUCCUCCGGCAACACAAGACGCGCCUGGAGACACGCAUGCAGAUCCUGGAGGACCACAACAAACAGCUGGAGUCGCAGCUUCGCAGGCUCAGGGAGCUACUGCUACAGCCCAAAGAUGACUCGGAGGCCAACGGAUCAGAGCCGUCCACCCUGUCUUCUCCUGUGUCUGGAGGGGGUCACCACGGGGAGCCGGCGAGCAGAGAGACCACGGACACUGAAGCAGCAGGAGAUGAUAUGGAACAGGAUACGGUGCUGCAGCUCCAGGAAGUCAUCGAGCAGCUGAGAAACGUUUUCCCUUCGGAACCGGGCACCACCUCACACAUCUAACCCCGAGUGGGCCCGGAGAAGCAGAGUGAAAAUCUGAAAGGACGCCUGAUGGCAGAGGGAGGAGCUCCAUACGGCUGAGGUCAGGCCACAGUACACCAGGCCCUGUGACCACUGCAGCAGCUAUGAUACCCAGAGCUAACCCUCUACUGAAAUAUGUGCACUAAAAGCCUUUGUCAUGCAAACUGCUAAAGGCUCACACGGAUGUCCGUUUGGCCAGGCUGCGCUUCAUGACUUCAGUUGUGCAGCCUGACACCAAGUUAACCAGCCAAAGGAAACUAACGUUAGCAGCAGGUCAGGGAGAGACUAAAGUAAAGGAACAUGCCCAGCCAAGACACUGUGCUUACCAGUAUCUGUGUAGUCGUUCGGAGGUGUGAAGCUUUAUCUGUCCAAAGCACAAAUUGGACCUUCCACAAGGAGAACUUUAAAAAAAAAUGCAAAAAGGAAUAAGAAGAAUACCACCUUGUUUUGUCAAAAUGCCUGUAUCUUCAGUCUUUGUUUUCUCCUUGAAUGUUUAAUCAUGGUUGUUAUUUUUGUUUUUUUUUCAAGAUUUCUAGAGUAAGCUAGAUCAGGGCAGGGCUGACUGAUUUCAUGUGGCUGCGUGGUGCAGAUUGUUAGGGAGAUGACAGCACCCACAAUGAGCUUAUUUACUUUGUGAGAAAGACACAUCAUCAGUUAAAUCCAUGAUUUAUUUAAGACAGCCAAAGUGCCCGCUAGCACAGCGCCUCUGUAUGCACACACUGUGUUCCUCUAAUCCUCUCAAACUGCUUGUCGUUCUCAUUGCUCGCCUCUCCUAAGUGAGCCCUUUACGCUCCUACAGAACCACUUGCACUCACCGUACAUGCACAAACACAAACACACACAUGUAUGCUGCUACAUCCGCACUCCCUAUUUACAAUGCACCUUUCCUUCGUUGUACACUAAAGGCUCCGUGCAUGAUCAGUAAUAUGUGCCAUGCUGCAUCACUAAGAAAUACAGACACUUCCAUGGAGAAAAAAAUGGAGUUCCAUUUCAUCUCUUUGGCUCGCAGGAUUUAGACAUGCUCUCAGUUUUGAACCAAUUUGUAUUGUGGCUGAAACUGGAUUUUGUUGAGGAAACGUCUGCCGAUUAAUAUCAGCAUGCAGGCUUCCACUCUGGGAUCUUAGCGUUCUUCUGCUGUGUGCAGAGAAAGAGAAGGAAGGAGCUACACGCGGUAGUGCUGCAAGUCUCUCUCGCUCUCUCUCUCGCUCUCUCUCUCUCUCCUCUCAGAGUCUCUUUGUCCCUCUCUCUCUCUCUCUCUCUCUCUCUCUCUCUCUCUCUCUCUCCUCUCUGAGUCUCUUUGUCCCUCUCUCUAUAUAUCAUUAUAACAUGGUCCUACACUGACAUCAUCCUUUAUAGUCCCUCUUCUCCAUUGUAUAUUUAAAUAGGACACUAGAUAUUUAUUCUACAUGACUCAACAUAAUUGCUUUUAGAUUUACAAACAGACAAGUGGUUGAAAUGGCGUUGCCCUCAUUGUAUCAGGGUCAUAGGGUGCGUUCUGUUCUGAUCAUAGCACACGUCAUUGAAUGCCUUAAAACCAACACCAUACGAACAAGAGUUAGUCAUUUCGAGACUCCUUUUUAUCAUUGUGUUUUUAGAUUCAGGAAAGGAGGUUGCAUCAGAGAGUGUGUGUGUGUGUGUGUGUGUGUGUGUGUGUGUGUGUGUGUGUGUGUGUGUGUGUCUGUGUGUGUGUCACUGUCCCUAGACAGCCUGUGGGUAAUUUGCGCUAACAAGAAGAAUGGAAAAGUGUAGAUCACAGCGCGUGAGCAUCCAUACGUUAAAACCAGUUAAAUUGGGCCCCAUGAUGCUGGGGGCGCUUGGAGAGAAACAAGAGAAGAAAGGUGAAGAAAAAAAAAACAAUCCAUUCAUUGCUCGAGGGCUGGUGGGAGAGCUCCACUUUGAUAUGCCUGCCACAGUGAAAUCUCCAGAAGCAGGACAAGAGGACGCCUGAAACAAGUAAGCUGUGGCUCUGUGUUUCUCAGUAAAUCAUAGCAGCUCCUUCUCACAGAAUCCAGAGAUACACACAGUUAGGAAUUUAUCUUAAACCUUAAAACGACUUUCUGACCUCACACAUGAGUUUGAAACCCAUGUGCUGAAUUCAUUACGGGCUCCCCCUCCAGGCACACAGCGCUCACAUUUUGACACCGUAAUCCUCAGCACUCGCUGCCUGUUAGUUUUGAUACUGUUGCUAGGGAACUGUCCCCAAGGACGCUGUUCCACAGGUUUGUGAAUUUUGAAAGGUGAUGUGCCGUUCAUAAUACAAAUGCUAAUAGCCUUAAGGGAAGCAAGAGAGAGAGAGAGAGAGAGAGAGAGAGAGAGUGAGAGAGAGAGAGAGAGAGCGCCCCUCUCCUCUUCUUCACUUCCACCUCCACUGGAAGCCUGUUGCCGUUCAGCUGCUGAAGAGUCACUAUCAUCUGUUGAGUCCAUCUCCAGCAUCACAGAACAAGUCAGAACAAAGAGCAGCAGCUUGGAUGAAAACAAACCAUGUUUAUUCAUAGACAUUAAUUUAUUGGUACUCACACAUCUCAUUACACAUUUUGUCUGUGGGUACACAACAUGAUGUAACAGUGACAUCAUUAGAGGAAAAAAGAAGAGGAGUAACUCCUAAUAGGGUUGCCUGUCAACAUUGUGUUUUAUUUUAAGACAAUAUCGAGGAGGUGGAUUGAAAUAAAUACACCAAGUGGUUACAUGAGAUACACAGUUUGUCCCCCCCCCCCCCCCCCCCGUGUCUCACUCUGCUGCUGUUAGCGUCUAAAUUGGCUUUGAUGGUCAUCCAGCUGCAGGAGUCAGGCUCAUCUCUCUUUCACCGUGUGAUCAUCUGAUCCACGUUCGCACUUCUAUGCUGGUCGUGACUCCCUAUAUUCCCUACACACAGAGGACGCUGAUAUCUCUCUCCACACUUCUGUUACUGCAUGUAGCCAGACAACACGCUCAACGAUCAACGCUCCCCAGCCUUUGUUUCACAACCUCCAUGUUUGCUAUCGUCAUGCAUCUUAGCUCGUUUGUCACCCUCACAUGACAGGUCAAUGAAUCACAUAACCUCAAACAAGGUGUGAACACUAACGUAUAUACACACACUCAUACCUUACUGGUGAGCUGAGUUUUAUUUGAUUUUACUAUCACCGUUAAUAUACCUCAUUAAUCAUUCAAAUGUUUUUUGAUUAACGGUUUUGAUUUGAUGUUAUUAUCCAGCACUCAAACACUUCUUGCUGUCUUUUCUCUGGAGUUUUUAAUCUGUAUAAAAAGGUUUUCUGAAGAAAGGCUUUUUACUGUAAUAACAAGUGGGUUACUGGCUGCUUUCUACUCUUUGUGUACAGAAAUAAAAACUUUGUAUUUGGCAAACUCCUUGUCUGCCUGUGCUUUUUUAUGUGCCUGUAGUUAUCCCUCUGAGAACUGAAUAUUGAAAUUUAACUCUAACUGAAUGGUGCCAAAUGCGCGUUGCUAUAUAUUUUUCUCCUUGUUUUUGUUUUAUUUGGAUUUGUAUGUGGCAGAAUCAAUUUCAAUUUCCUGUUGAGGCUCGGCUGUUGAUCACGUGUCUUCCCUGCUGUUUCACUUACUGCAUCCACGUUGCUGUUAGUUUAAGGUCUAUUCAUCGUUCUGCCCUCAGAUUCCCCUGUGUUCCUUUGGCUUUAGACAAUACAACUCCAACCCAUUGGUCUAUUCUGAUUGAUUGCCACCAUUUCCUGUCUUAUCACAGGUGGCUUUAUUCCCUUGGCUUAUUCUGCUUGGGCCCGGUGCAGCACUUGAUGGACAUUUGACCUUCUCUCUGACCUUAUCCUGCACUGAUGUCUUGCUUACUACAUUAUCUUUGCCUGUGCCGGUGGGCGCGGGAUCGCUAUCUUUAUCUGUCGCUCGAUUAUCUGGUGCACCCUGCCUGUCCUGAACCACGAGACUCUCUAUAUUUUCAUUAUCU